AUGCUGCCCGAGGAGCCGGACGGAUGGGGCGCCUGGCCCGACUUCGGGGCGCCGGACUCGGGUGCUGCAGCGCUGGACUUGUUGCUCUGCCCUUCCGAGGAGGGCUGGCCCGCCCCGAAGCACUUCUGCCCCACGCCGGGCCCCGGGGGCGGCGCCUGCCUGCAGCUGUGCCGCGCCCCCGCUCACGAUGCUGGAUCGGCCCCAGCCGGCGCGAACACGGGGAUCGCCCCAUUUCAAGGCACGAUGAAGAACGAGGAGAUGAGGGUGGCCUACCUGAGCCACGGGCUGCAGCACCUGCGGCGCGUGGUCCUCCCCAGCCCCGUGCGCCACGUGGCCCACCAGCCACUCGCGCGCACGCUCGUGGCGCUGGACGCGGCAAGCACACUGCACUUCCUGCAGGAGGACGGCACCUACCGGGGCUGCCGGCAGGCGCCCGCCCCCGCGACGGGGCUCCUGUACGCGGCCCAGGUGGACCGCUUCGUGGCCUGGGGGGAGUGGGCGCUGCAGGUGCUGGACGGGGGCCUCCGGCCGCUCUCCCGGGUGCAGUCCGCGCAGCCCAUCCGCUGUGGCGCCUACAGCGAGCGGCUGAACCGGGUCGUGACGGCCGGGCCGGGGAACCUGACCCUCUGGGACUUCCGCUACGGCGCCCGGAGCCUGCAGUGCCGUGCCGCCGUGUGCGAGGGCCUGUCGCCCCAGGACGUCUUCAGCCACCUCGCCCUGGACGCGGGCAGCGCGGCGCCCCAGCGCUGCUUCGCCUGCUGCGACUCCGGCGCGGCAGCCUUUGACCUCUCCGCGGGGAAGCUCCUCUCCUUCCAGAAGGAGCUCCACAGCCGGGCGAUCACGGACAUCACCUACUGCGAAGCCAUCGGCUCUGCCGUGACGGCCUCCCGGGACACGACCAUCAAGGCCUGGGACGAGGACUGGCACGUCCAGACGGUUUUCGUGGGCCACACUGCUCCGGUGGUGGCCGUGACCGCCUACCCGCAGCGGCCCCUCCUCUUCUCCGCCUCCCAAGAUGGCACCAUUCGCACCUGGAACCUCAACACCGUCGACCAGGUGGACCAGGUGCACGUGGCGGAGCCGGUGGAGGCCCUGGAGACGCAGAGCGCCUCGCUCGUCAUCUCCCUCUCGGGCCCCUCGCUGAACUUCUGGAAGAUCAGCAAGCUCUACUGCCUGCACACGCCCCUGGGCUCCCCCGCCGUGCGGCUGCGCUGCGUCGACCUGCGGGCGCUGGGCGACUUCCCCGUGCGCGUCCUGUGCGUGUGCCGCGACGGCUCGGUGCGGCUGCUGGAGGCCGAGAGUGGCCGCCCCUGCUCCACGCUCGCCCUGGAGCGGCCCGGCCAGGCCCACGAGGUGGACUACUGCCUGCCGCUGGAGACCCUCUUCGUGCUGACGGAGCGGGGCGACCUGCUGCGCGUCAACGCGGCCGUGGACCCCAUGGCCGUCAAGAAGAGCACGCUCGCCGGCGCCUGGGACUCGCGGCCCGGCUGCCUCCUCCUCUACAGCCACACCGUGGACGCGGCGGCCGCCCACAGCACCUGGCUCCGGGUGGCCGAGAGCAAGGGUCUCCGGAAGCCCUGGCAGAAGCUCCCGCUCCCGAUGCAGGAUAAGAACAGGUACCUGGUCAUCCUGGGGCACCAGAGUGGCUUCCUCAGCGUGGUGGAGUGGUUCUCCGGCCGCGUCCAGUACACGGUGGCGGCGCACGGCCCCAUGCCCGUCACGGCGCUGGCGGAAUACCCUACGCAGACCUGCGUCAUCUCGGCCGGUGCCGACCUCACGGUGAAGAUGUGGCGCCUCUUCCCCUACGCCGAGGAGUGCCUGCUCCCGCUCCUGUGCUUCUCCUGCUCCUGCCCCGCCACGCACGUGUGCGCCCUGGGCGAGACGCUGGCCGUGGCCUUCCAGGACCCCGAGACCGUCACCUACAGCGUCGUCUUCUACAACCUGGUGCGGCAGACGCGCAUGGAGCACAGCCCCGAGGACGACGCACAGGACAGCAUCACAGGCCUCUGCCACUGCCCCAACCUGAAGCUCUUCGCCUCGGCCAGCAGGGACGGCUCCGUGAAGAUCUGGGACGCCAGGAACAGGCUGCUCCGGCACCUGAAGCUGAACUCCAUCCCGGAGAGCCUGGCCUUCGCCAACCCCCGGGGGGACCUGCUGGUUGGCAUCGAGCGGCACCUGUACCUCAUCCACCACAGCAAGUACUUGCCCAGCUACUACAAGAUGAAGCUGCUGUGCGCCACGUUCCUGGAGCCCCUGCAGGACGUGCCGCUGCCCGUCAGCGCCGCCUGCUUCGAGCGUCUCGUCCGCGAGAACGUCCGGCGCCUGAAGGAGGAGCCACCGCUGGAGGGCGCCGAGUCCCCUCUGCCCGCAGCUCUCCAGGGGGACGUGCACAAGCCGGAACGGACCAGCACCCCACCGCCCUCGCAGGGGUUUGCCCAGCUGGUCAAGAACAACGAGGACCUGCAGCUCCUCCAGAAGGGGAGACUCGGCGCAGCCAAGAAAGUGCGCGUUAGCAAGAAAAUGAAGGAGGAGGCCUUCGAGAAAUACCUGGAGAUAUUUUACAAGAAGCCCCACCGUCCUCAGAUCCCCAGGGAGGACACCUUCGAUGCGGACGAGGUGCUGGCGGCCCUGCGCCAGGCCGGCUCCGUGUCCGAGCUCUACGGCCCCCACCAGCACAACGUGUUCCUGGGCUGCUUCGGGAAGCCCUCAGCCCUGAAGUCUGCCGACCAGCUCCUGCCGGAGGACAGCGCAGCAGCCCUCCCGGACUCCCUUUCCUCCUCCUGGCUCAAGGCCCGCUCAGCCGUGCUGGCCGUCUCCCGGAUCAGGCUGGCCCUUUCCCCCACGAGGAGGGGCCCUGGGGAGCAGGCCGAGGAGCCGUCCCCGAGAGAGAGCAUGGCGCCCCCGCUGCCCCCGUGGAGCCCCCCUGUGGUGGCAGCCCCGUCCUCCUCUGCUCCUGCUCCUGCCCCCGACGAAGCACAGAAGGAGCCCCCCACGCUGAGGGGUGUGUCCAGGGGUCUCCGGCUCGCCGCCAGGGUGCCCGCACAGGUGCGCGUCGGGAUCCCCGGGCAGAAGCCCCUCCAGGGCAGCUCCGCGCUCCCACUGCUCUCGCUGGACACGCCGCUGCAGGGGGCCGGCAAGCCGGGCACGGGGCACGGUUCACGGAAGCCGAGCCCCGGCACCCACGGCAACACGUGGGUGCCACGCGUGGUUUACCACUUGGCAAAAGGGAUCCGGCGCGGCACGUUCGGUGCCCCCUCCGGCCGCAUGCCUGCAUCCAAGACUCCACUUGAGGGGCUCGGGCUGCCUGCUGGGGCCGCGCCAGGAGUGUGGGCGGCCCCCGCGGAGGCCCUUGGCAAGAGGACUCCCGGCGGGAGCCCAGGAGAGCAGGCGGCCGGCGGCCUGGCAAGCCACCCCAAGGCUGAGCUGCCCGGAGACGCAAGCGAGAUGUACGUGGACGUGGACCUGAUGGAGCAGGACGAAGGGCCCCCGCCAGCCUCGCCCUCGCCCCUGCCCCCCGCGCCCCUGGCUGCCAGUCCCGCCUUGGGCUCGGCCAAGAGCACGAAGAGCGUGGCUUUCCCAAAGCUCCCCUGCGUGAGUGGGAGCCAGGAGGCCGACCAGCCCGCCGGCGCUUCCCUGGGGCCACGGAGCCAGGUGCCCUCCGCCAUCAUCAAGGGCUUCUUCCCGGAGAGGCAGCUGCUGUCCAAGAAGUGGCCCAAGCUGCAGAGGCCAGAGAGCCGGGAGGAGGCCUUGUCCGGGCUCUCGGUGGUCGUCGAGCCGCUGCACAGCCAGGAGGAUCUGCCGAAGGAGGAGAGGGUCAUGCGGGUGAUCGGCCCCCAGGAGGGCUCCGACCUGCGCUUGCGGCCCACGCUGGCCAAGCCGGCCUCAGCCAGGAGACGAACACGGCCGGGCGGUGCAGGUCUCCUCGGGGCGGAGUCCCCGGCCCGCUCCUUCCGCCUGCUGGAUCUCCCUCACUGGGCCUGCCGGGAUCCCAGCGCUUCCCGUCCUCCCAGUGAACUAGGGGGCAUCUCUGCGUGUGCGGAGUGCUGGAGCCACAGGGCUGCCCGGAAGCCUUUGUCACGCCUUUGUCCACGCCGGAGUGGGCUCGGUGCCGGGAGGGGGGCCUCCUGGCUCACGCAGCAAACCUGCCUGGGGGUGCGGGAGCCUCCCUCCUGCGCCCCAGCUUUGCCACAGGAAUUGGCACAAUCGGGCAGGCGGGUUGUGGCGGGCGGGAAAAGCAUCCGUGUGGCGCUUCCAGUAACGUCAAUGGGAGCAGGCAGCCUGCCUGAACAGGCGAGGAGGAGAGGGCAGGCGGCCGUCCCGUGCCUGGCGCAGCCGUUGGACGCCGGGGCAUUGCGGGAGCCGGCGAGCCCCCCAGGAAUCGGCGCCCUCUGGGGGCCGGGCAGUGAUGUUGCGCCUGAAGAGGAGGAGGAAGAGGAGGAUGAGGUGCCCGUGGCUGGCAUUUCCACGCCCAGCAGCAAGACGAGCCUGCCGGAGGUUUUCCUGACGCAGCUGGACGAGUCCCAGUACCCGGAGCCGGAGCCGGAGCCGUCGCUCCCCUGGUCGCUCCUGGACCCGGAGUGCCUCCAGACGCUUUUCCCAGAGGGUCUCCCCCCGGAGCUGAGCCUGCGCGAGGUCGUGGGCAAGCUCCUGGCUGCCAUGCUCACAGCCGACGCCGGCACCAACGUGGCGCUGCUGGGUUUCGUCGUGAGCGUGAGGGACCGGCUGGAGGAGGAGACGAGGGCCGCCGUGCACGACACCCUGAUCUACCUCCUGAACCGGCGGGAGGGCCCUCCGGCAGCGCAGGACAAGUCCGAGCGGCGGUUCGUCCUGGCUGCCCUGCGGGCCCUCCUGCGGCUGAAGAGGGACAGCAAGGAGCUGAUGGAGGAGCUGAUGGCCUACUACCUGAAGUCCCCCAAGCCCAUCAGGGCGGCCAUCAAGGAUCUGAUCCAGGAACUGGGCAUACAAGACCCGCACGACUAUUUCUUCAAGGAGAUGGAAUCGUGGCCGAUGGAAGGGGUCGAGUCGAAGGAGGCCCUUCGCGAGACCUGCCAGCGGUGGCUGGAGGGAAUGAUGCGGGAGCUCCAGGAGCACAGGAACAGCCUGCUGGGCCUUAGAGCCCUGUCUGGAGGGAAGGAUUCUGCCGAGAGCUCCCCGGAGGAGCAGCUGGGUGACCUCACAGAUGCUGAAGAGGAGGCCGAGCGGACCUCCCCCUCGGAGCAAUUCCCGGAGGAGCCGCCAGGCGAGGGCGAGGGUGCAAGCGCCGACCUUCAGGAGCCGCUGGAGAGGAAGGACUCCUUGCAGCGAUUCUGGGAGGCGAGGGCAGAGGCUCCGCGCUGGACACGGUUCGUGCGCGCCCGGGACGCCGUCUGCUACUUCAUCGACAAGCAGCUGGCGAGGGAGCUGGCGGAGCAGGAGCGGCUGCUCCCGUCCGGCACAAAGUCUCUGCGGGACACGGUCAUGGCCUUGCCCCCCAUCCAGAAGAGGCCCGCCAUCCUGCGCCUGGGAGAGACGAACGUGAUGCUGCGGAAGAGGGUUCCCGAGCGCUUUUACUUCCCGUAUAUCUUCUCCCGCUACGUCAUGAAGGGCUUUGUCCCCUUUGUGAAGCUGCCUCUGCCCAGGAUCCACGUGGGCCCGUUCCUGCCCCCUCUGCACAGGCCGGCCUCGCCCAGGGCCUUCUCUGCGACGCAGCAGCUGGUGCAGCGAUACUUCAUCCCCAAGUUUUCCUAUGCCGACAGCUACCCCUGA